GAGCGAUCCUGUAUGUCUCAUCUGCUCAAGAGUAUUGUGAAGUGAAGGACCAUGGAUGCCAAGAGCUCAGUAUUGAACUUGUUGUGAGAGCUUGAGUGAGGCUUGUUUUGGCUAGGAAAGCCUCACCUUCCAUAGCGCCGGCGUUUCUCAACUUCCUCAUGUACAUACCACUACAAACUUCUUCCUUCGUCAAUUCCAAUCACCAUCUCUACCUGUCUUAUGACGUAUUCUAUUGCAUUCAAUGCUACGCGAGUGUACUUUAUUGCAUUAAAUGCUACAAAUCAAAGCGCAGGGUCAGUACAAUUCUCGCAGGAUCUCCUUCCUUCCGUACCCUCUUUCGAUCGCACCAUGUUGUUCGCGACGGUAGUCGCGUACAAAUGCACUUCCCUGUGGCUACUAUGCUCAUCUCCACUCCAUGAGCCAUGGCUCCGACGCAAGUCGCGAGCGAGUACACUUCCCUACAUCUCCUCUGGCUAUCCCCACUCUCUGGGACAUGACUCCGACUCUAAUCGCGCACACAUUCUAUCCCAAAUCAUGCCUUGUUCACCCUCCCUCCAUCGCACUGCAUUGUUCGCGACGGUAGGAACGUGCACGUGCACUCUCUACACCUCCUCUGCCCAUUUCCAAUUCAUCUACCCCAUGUCUUUCUUGCCCUUCUACCCUUCGGCAAACAGGUCCGCGGCAUCAAUCGCGUACAAGUGCGCUUUUCAUUUCUUCCACCAUCCUUCUGCACGACAUGUUGCGCCCAUUCGAGCCUUCUUCGUCAUUCCCAUGUUAUGAGAGAUGUCGGCAACUUCCCCCAGGCGCAUGUCUUUCCCUUCCCCAUCUCUACCUCAUAUCCCAAUACACUCUCUAUUUCCUCGAGAGGCCCCUGUAUCAUCACUCUACGCUUUGCGUGUUGUCUACCCCGAAAUUAUUACGCCGUCACUUUCCAGUAAGACUUGCUGCUCUGGGAACAUUCGCUAACACCUUCGCAGACGAGGCUUCGGCCUCUAGUCCAGGCGAGUGGACUCAGGAGAUCAUUAAUGAAGUCCUCUCGGAUG